CAAGUGUGGUAGUUGUAACAUUCAUGUACACCACAUUUAAUAUGUUACUGUGUGGUAUACCGCAACCACACUUGCUGCUGUUGCUCAUGUCGACGUGUCCGCAGUGCUACACGGGCACGUGCAAGCGCCACAAGCGCCAGGACCAUGGGCGGUCGAUGGUCAAGAGCAUGAACGCCGAGUCCACGCUUCAGAAGAUGUACGACCAGCUCGUAGGAUCCAAGCUGCAGAAGCUGCAGGCUGAAGCCGAGAAGGACCCGUCCAAACAGCACUCCAAGGAAUUCCGCAAGAAGCUGGACGCGUCACGCGACAAAUCUCUUCGUAAGAGCCACAAAUCCCGCUCCAAACUGGCCAAGGCGGACGUGACGGGUAGUGGCCUGAACCCGCAGGCACUAGCCGCCAUCUACGGCUCAGACUCGGAUUCAGAGGAGGAACGACGUACGAGAAAGAAGAAGAAGAAGUAUUCGAGCAGAAAGAGGAGACACAGAUCCAGGAGCGAGAGCGACUCGGACUCAAGUGACAUCAGCAGCGACAGCGACGACUCGCACCGUCGACACAAGAAACGAAAGCAGAGCCACAAGAAGAGCCACAAGAAGAAGAAACACAUUCACAUUCACAGUCGCAGUCGUAGCGACAGUGAGUAGACUACAAAAGUUUACAAUUGAAUAGAGCAAAGCAUUGCCAUUUUUGACUUAGAAUUUG